UAUACAUACAGAAUUUAAACUGGUGGGGUCGCGUAGGUUAGUCGCAUUUAUUUAGCGAAAGGAACCUCGUACAAAUCGGCGUUACUGCGUCGUGUCGAGCGCCACAAAUAUUUGCUUUAAUCUACCAAGUUUGCUAUCAAAAUAGAGGAUCCGAUCAACUUUAGACAGCCAUAAAUAUCCUUUGAUUGCAUACGUUAAGAUUAAACUAUGCCAAUAGCACGGAAACAAAUCUAAAAUUUAGAUAAAUUCAUCUUUACUUAAAUUACGCCUAGUUGUUAUUUAAUGAUGGAUGUAACACCCAGCAAAGCCGAAUACAUCUGUUGCCAAUUAGAAAUGUUCCUGCGUGGAUUGAUUUAAGCUCGCUCUAGUUGUUACAGGUAUACGAGGAUCGAUUGAGAAUUUCCUUUUAUCAGUUGCCUAUGUUAUAAAAGCAGCCUAUCCUCAAAUAUUAUUCGCAAUUCACUGAUUUGAACAUCUAACAACCUGUCAUCGUUUGCCAUAAUAAUUAAAGAAGGCUAUCUAAUAAUUAUAAGCUAAGGUGGAUAAACGGACAGACAAACAUGCGCUUCUUGUCGACAGAGCAUGUUGAGCGCAAGCUUAUACAUCUGUUGGCUGUCUACUCACUCCGGCCGGCGGCGUCUCGUUCUAGACACAAAACAGUGUAGCAGAAACACCACAGUUAGGCGCCCUACCAUCGCUAAGCUCCCAUUGGAACUGGUCAGGUCAUGCUCCGUCAGUGGCGAAAGAGAAAGUUGUCUGUCUGUUUGGUGUUGUGUUGUUUUUGCGGCGGCUGCCUGCCUCUCUCCUGCUGUUUCUCCGUUUGAGUGUUCCGUUGUUGCAGGUUCCGCUUCUCUCCGUAUGAGUAGCAGCAGCAGCGGCAGCAUUCGGGUGCGUCGUCGGGAAGUUCGUUGUCGUUUGUAGGGAGUAGCGAGUGAGCGCGCGGCGUCGGUGAAGCUCGUGUCGUAUCGCUGUUGUCGGCCACUGCCGACAGCGACAACGACAACGACAACAAUAGCAACCCACGAAUCAAGUAACGGAUGAAGAUAAUUUUGUUUUUUCUAACUUUAUUUUCUUUUGGUUCGAGUGUUGUUUCGCUGACUCGAGACGACGCAGGCAAAGAGGAAUUGUUUACCUGCCAGUAGCCAGGUCCACUUUGCCACCGCGAUCGUAUCAUUAGUGAAGGUAGUGAAGAAGUCUGUAGCCAAUGGUUAGUGGUCGCGUGUUUGUGCGGGUUAAUCUCUAACGGUGUCGGACCUGAAUAAGUGCUUCUCAGGUCAAAGAUAUCAAGCGGCGGCGGCGGCAGCAGUAGCUAUCACAAACGAAACACCGGCUGGCAUCGCCGACGUGAUCAUACCCGUCCAGUACAGCUGCUGCCGUUGCUGCUGGUCGUCGUAGUGGUGACUGCGUCACUGCACCGUCGGUCUGUGUUCAUUUCCCUUACCAAGUUACCGAUUGCUUGCCCGGGCUCGUGCGCCCCUCACGAGCGCGCAUACGCAAGAGUUCUCGUUAUCUUCUCUUUCGACUGUUUCGUAUCGCUACUGCAAGUCUGCCUUGCCUGAGAACGUUAUCUCGGGACGCAAAUCUCGCACUACCUUAUCGCUGUUAUCUUAUUUAGGACGGCAAGCCUUUCAUCAACAAAUUGAGUUUAUCGCGAUCAAAGGACUUCUUUUACUGUGUCAGUCUCUCUGGCUCUUCCAGUUGGCCUGCAAAUUGGUCUCUUGUUUAGUGACGAAGCUUCUGGUGUCUAUAAAAAAACAUGGCUGCCUCGAAACACGCCGUGUCGAGUGAUGAUGGCUACACGGCUGCACAACUAAUUAGUAUGGGCGAUGGUCUUACUUACAACGACUUCCUGAUUUUACCUGGCUACAUUGACUUCGCCGCUGAUGAGGUGGAACUGUCAUCAAAGCUCACAAAGAAAAUCAUGCUCAAUGCUCCCCUGGUAUCCUCCCCUAUGGACACCGUUACCGAGUCAAAUAUGGCCAUUGCCAUGGCACUACAAGGCGGUAUUGGCAUUAUCCAUCACAACUGCACGGGGGAAUUUCAGGCCGAGGAGGUAGAGAAGGUUAAGAAAUACAAGCAUGGUUUUAUUCACGACCCAAAAGUUCUAGGCCCGGACAAUUGUGUCAGUGAUGUGUUGGACAUUAAAUCUAGGUAUGGUUUUGCUGGUGUUCCUAUCACUGAGAACGGUGUGGUUGGUGGCAAGUUGCUUGGUAUGGUCACGUCAAGGGACAUCGAUUUUCUUGCGGAUGAGCAUCUGAGCACGAAACUUAGUGAACUAAUGACUCCGCUAAAGGAUUUGGUAACCGCCCCCAGCAGUAUCACCUUGAACGAAGCCAACGAAAUUCUUCAAAAAAGUAAAAAGGGAAAAUUGCCUAUUAUCAAUACAAACGGAGAGCUCGUGUCACUCAUGGCUCGUACUGAUUUGAAGAAGAAUCGCGAUUUCCCUAUGGCGUCGAAAGACGAAAAUAAGCAGUUACUGGUAGGGGCUGCUAUUUCGACCCGGGAAGCUGACAAAGAGCGAUUAAAGCUUCUUGUCGAUGCUGGAGUGGAUGUUAUCGUUCUUGAUUCGUCACAGGGCAACUCCAAGUAUCAGAUUGACAUGAUCAAGUUUAUUAAGACAACCUAUCCGAAGGUUGAAGUGAUUGCAGGCAAUGUCGUCACAUCAGCCCAGGCUAAGAACCUCAUUGACGCCGGAUGUGAUGGUCUUCGUGUUGGUAUGGGAUCCGGUUCAAUUUGCAUCACGCAGGAGGUUAUGGCCUGUGGAAGACCCCAGGCCACGGCUGUAUAUCGCGUGGCGGAGUACGCGCGGCGUUUUGGAGUUCCAUGUAUUGCCGAUGGAGGAAUUAGCUCAGUGGGCCACAUUAUUAAAGCAAUGUCAAUGGGUGCUUCCGCUGUCAUGAUGGGCUCCAUGCUUGCUGGAACUACCGAAUCGCCUGGCGAAUACUUCUAUUCGGACGGCGUACGCUUAAAAAAAUAUCGCGGAAUGGGUUCUCUUGAUGCGAUGGACUCCGGCAAGGCAUCCCUGUCCAGGUAUCACCAGAGUCAAAAAGACAAGGUUAGAGUAGCCCAGGGCGUAACUGGUACCAUAGUGGACAAAGGGUCUAUCCAUCGUUACGUGCCCUACCUCAUCACUGGAUUGAAAUACGGGUGCCAGGAUAUCGGCGUCAAGUCAGUAACUUCUCUCCGCCAGCAAAUGUUCUCGGGCGAUGUAAAAUUCGAAAAGAGAACCGUGUCAGCUCAGCAAGAAGGUGGUGUUCAUGGCCUAUUCUCGUAUGAGAAGAAGCUAUUUUAAGAAGGGCAUUCCUGUCGAACAUACUGCUGUCGAUUGACAGCUUCUAUAGGUACAGUUAUACCUGAAAGAAAAGUGGUAAAUUGAUGUAUUAAGACAAUUUUGGAUCUUGGACAUGUUUGCACAGGGCCGCUUCUAAUUUGACGCCAUUGUCUUUAACACCUAUAUUUCUACGGGAUCAUAUACCUUUAUACGACCUGAUCCAGCCCGAGCGAUGUGUCGUGUAGCUGCCAACAAAGACGUCAACAUAUGACAACUCUUCUUAAACGUACAUCAUAUCUAGUCUACACAGGAAUGCUGUCGAUAUGUAACGUCACUAAAAAGAUGCGCGAUUACUUAUCUGUUGAUUUCUGUUACAUGACGGUCAAGUGUUGGAUGGCAUUAAUGUAAAAUGGACUAGGCAAUUCCUAUUUUUUACUGGUAAUUUUAUCUAGCUCUUCAUUCAAACUGUAUAGAAUAUAGGUUCUUAAGUGUUAUAUUAAAUACAUCGUGAGCUACUUACUAUAAUUGAUAGUAUAUAGCAUUUAUGAAUGGGUGUGGGAAAGGGAGCAUGGUACAAUAAGAAACGAGAAUUAAUGCUUGAUAACUAAUCAUAAAAACAAAUAAUAAACAAGGCGUUAUAUUUUACCUUUAAAGACAACUGAAGUAAUUAUUUUGUACUCCACAUAAUGAAUUUUCAGUUUGAAAAUUACUAUAUGUACUAUUUCGAUGAGCAGUUUCUGGCAAUAUAUAAAAAAUAAAUUACUUUGUUUAUUUUUGUUUGUAUUACAAGCUUCGACGUAUCCUUAUCUAGAGUUGUGUGAUCUAUUACGAACUUUUAAGUUCACAGAUUUGGCAAGCUAAUGAACGUUGGAAUUUGUUCUCACAAAGUUGAGAUUGAGUUGCGUAUCGAUUUGAUUCCCUUAGUAAUUUAUUACUAGUAAUUUCUGUUAAUUUGGAUCGUCGAAUGCAAUAUCAAACGACCUUGAGUUUAUAAGUUCUGUUCUGGGUGGGAAAUACCUAUAGGUCAUCCUAAGUGCACUAAUCUGUCAGCCCUAAGGAAAAGGUUUGGUGACCUUGUACAAUGUUACACAGUGUGAAGUCUAUACAUAAUAGCGCCUGGUGCAAUCAUUUACAGCUUGUUCAAACCGUUAGAGUGCCUGUGAAGUUACGCGACCCGUCACAAAAAUUCUAUACCAUGUAAAUAGAAAG